AUGAUAAAUAAAAUCACUGUUAUUUUUGUUACAGUUCCUACAUCUGACGUGCAAGGUGUGCUCGGUAAGAAGGCGUCUUUGCCGUGUGACAUUCAGCCUCUUCAUUCUGACGACGCUGUGGUCAUGGUUCUCUGGUUCAAGGAAUCUGAUGGAGAACCUUUGUACAGUUACGAUAUCCGGGGUCGCCUUUACAAUCAACCAAAGCUCUGGUCUUCUCCCCUGGUCUUUGGGAACCGGGCCUACUUCCGAGGAGGAGCAACCCCGGCAGUUCUCAUGGUUGACAACGUGCUGGCAAUAGAUGCUGGAGUAUAUAGAUGUAGAGUAGACUUUAAAAACUCACCAACGAGAAAUUUGAAAGUCAAUUUCACUGUUAUAAUUCCACCGAGUCGACCGACAAUAUACGAUGCGAAGAGAAGAGAUCGAACUAAGUUAGUUGAACCAUACAAUGAGGGAUCAAACGUAUUGCUUAUUUGUGAAGUUGAAGGAGGUAGACCACGACCGAAACUGACAUGGUACUUGGAAAACGUUGUCAUAGAUGAUUCCUAUGAACAAAGGGAAGACGGGCUCACUGUGAAUACGCUGACGUUCCCGAACGUCGGCAGGCAACAUCUAAAUGCAAGGCUUGUUUGCCAAGCGUCCAACACAAAUCUGGCGCCGCCUGAGACUAAAGUAGUAAUCUUGGAUAUCAACUUGAAACCGAUAACGGUAAACAUAUUAAACAAGGAGAAGCAAGUAUCAGCAGAUAAAAGAUACGAAGUGGAGUGUAAGACAACAGGAUCGCGUCCCGACGCCUCCGUCACUUGGUGGAAGAACAAUAGACAACUCAAACGGAUGGCGAAAAACUUCUCAGAAAACAACGAAACACUGAGCGUUCUAAGUCUAGUUCCGAGCGUUGAGGAUGAUGGUAAAUAUUUGACUUGCCGCGCUGAGAACAAACGCAUACCAGACUCCGCGAUAGAAGACAAGUGGAAACUAAAUGUGCAUUAUGUUCCAAUAGUGGAUCUCAAGAUGGGUUCUAAUCUAAACCCUGAUGAAAUAAAGGAGGGCGACGAUGUUUACUUCGAAUGCACUGUCACAGCCAACCCCAAGACACACCGACUGGUUUGGUUUCACGACAACAAUGAGAUCUUUCACAACGAAGGUUCAGGAGUUAUUCUGAGUGCACAAAGUCUAGUGCUGCAAAGUGUGACACGAGCAGCGGCAGGAGAUUACACCUGUAUGGCAGCCAACAGCGAGGGCAAAGGAACUAGCAAUCCUGUAUCUCUAUUAGUUCGAUAUGCUCCAGUGUGUUCAGAGAGGAAAGAUAAUGAACUCUUCGGAGCAUUGAAACAAGAAACCGUGUCUUUGCAUUGUUCAGUCGAUGCCAACCCGGCAUUAGUAUCUUUUCAUUGGACCUUCAACAACUCUGGAGAACAAACGGAGUUACCACCAAGAUUAUACAACAGUCAUGGCCACACAUCCACAUUGAAUUACACGCCGACUACGGACAUGGAAUAUGGCACUUUGGCUUGUUACGGAGAGAAUGCUGUCGGGCAGCAGAAGGUCCCUUGUAUCUUUCAACUCGUAGCCGCCGGUCGCCCUUUCCAUCUUCAAAACUGCUCCAUAGCGAACCAAAGCCUGGACUCAUUAUAUGUGGAAUGCGUCGAAAAUUUCGAUGGUGGUCUCCCACAGACAUUCCUCAUGGAAUUACUGGAACUUCCGUCACUUACUGUAAGAUACAAUAUAUCUACAAACCGGACGCCCCCAUACUUCGAGGUUCGUGGCUUGGCUCCCGGCGUUAGCUACAGAAUUGAUCUUUAUGCUGUUAACGCAAAAGGCAGAAGUGACGUCACUACCAUUGAGACUGUAGCUCUGAAAGGACAGGCCAAGUUUACUGGUGAAAGCAACUCGCUAGGCCUUUCUCCUGUACUGGCCUCAGUAGCGGCAAUGUCAGCACUAUUGGCGAUGUCAGUUUGCGGCGUACUUGCUGUACUGUACAAGCGGCAUCUCAACAGACAUAGACAACUACCGGCCAAGCACGCACCUUUGAGUGAAGCUAUGUAUGCUGAGAGAAGUGGUCAGUGCACGACGCCGGUGAAGGCUGAGGUACGACCAGCUCCAGAACCGGACCCAGCUGAUGAUGCUGACCCUGAUAUUAUACCUAACUUAUAUGAACGAAGACCAGUGUCGAAUGGCUACAUGAGCCUGCAGCGUCCUGGCACAGGCGAAGAUGACGCACGCUCUGAACCUGAUGCUGGUGGCUAUUACGCGGAUUAUAGGAAAAAGGACUACAGGAUACCAUUGACUAAUUCGUACCACAGUCUGAACCGCGUCAACAAGGGUGUUACAACGAGAGCUUGCAGUCCCGCGGCGGCGGGUGUUACGUCAUCGCUCACGGCUCACCGACUGCGCCCGGAGGUAGUCACAACUUCCCACCGCGUUCAAGAGAGCUGUAUAUAA